GUGUUAUUUCAAGGACCUAUUUGAUUUCCAUUUAUAGGUGGGGUCACUUUUUGCAAUAUCUUGCAUAAUCUUAACACGACACAUACCUUUGAUGUGAAGUUUAGAGGAAGCACAAAUGUUUCAAAAAAUAAAAAAAUUGACAAAUGAGGUUUUUCUUUUGACUUUCUCUACUUGUUUUCCUUGUAGAUAAGCUAUAUCAAUUGCUCAAGGAUAAUGAUCCUCUCCCUUGUCUUUACGUCUACUUCAUCGCUGACAAGUGUUAAGAAUAGAGCCGUUCAAUUGCAAUCAAUCCUCUAAAUUUGAUCGAGAAAUCUGAGUUGGACCAAAAAAAAAUUAAAUAAAUAAGAAAGUCUUUGAUAUUUGAACAAGUACAUGGAGCCCAGUUGCCUGCUCAACUAGCAGGGACCUUCCCCAGCUACGCUUAACGUUUCAUAUUAUUUUAAAGUGCUUCGUUUGGCGUUUUUGGCCAUCGUUAUUGACUUAAACGUACCCUUCCUUGAGUUGCUCAUAUUAAUCUUAUCCCAUUCUUGACUUGCUCCUAUAAAUCUUAUCCCACUAAACAGAGCAGCUGUGAACACAUUCAAAAACUGAGUGCCCUGCUCCAGCUGCCAUGAAUUCUCUUAUUCAAUUCCUGGUCAUAGGUUUCCUCCUCCCCUUGCUUUUCUCCCUUUACUACCUCUUAUGGAAGCCAAGGAAUAACAACAGUAACACUUCUAAUAGAAGGUUUGCACCCGAAGCGGCCGGGGCAUGGCCUAUUAUUGGCCACCUUCAUCUUUUAGGUGGGAAAUCCAUCCCUCACAUUACCUUGGGAGCCAUGGCUGACAAGUAUGGACCAGCAUUAACCGUUCGAUUUGGUGUCCAUCGUGCAUUGGUGGUGAGUAGUUGGGAGGUGGCAAAGGAGUGUUUCACCACAAAUGAUAGGGCUCUCUCCAACCGACCUAGGGUCAUUGCCCUAAAGCUUAUGGGCUAUAACAAUGGCUUGUUUGGAUUCACCCAUUAUGGACCAUAUUGGCGUGAAUUGCGCAAGAUAGCUAAUCUUGAACUUCUCUCAAAUCGACGUCUAGAGACUUUCAAGCAUGUCCAAGCCUCAGAGGUUGAAACCUCCAUAAAAGAACUGUACCAAAUGUGGCCAGACAAGAGUAAGUACCUCAGGGUGGAUAUGAAGAAUUGGUUUGAGGACUUGAUGCUCAAUAUUAUGGUCCGGAUUGUAGCUGGGAAGCGAUAUUCUGGGACUGAUACGGAGGAAAAGCUGAAGUGUGAAGAAGCCAUCAGAGAAUUCUUUCAUUUGAUGGGAUUAUCUGUCAUUUCGGAUGCAAUCCCUUUUCUUGAAGGAUUAGACUUGCAGGGAUACGAAAAAAAAAUGAAGAGGAUGGCCAAGAACAUGGACUCUAUACUCCAAAGAUGGCUGGAGGAGCAUCAACAAAAGAGAUCAUCUUCUGCAAGCAGCGACAAGGCCAAGGGUGGUGAACAAGACUUCAUGGACGUUAUGAUAUCUACGAUAGAAGACACCAAGCUCGGUGAUUAUGACGCCGAUACCGUCAUCAAGGCCACUUGCUUAAAUAUGAUCCUAGCGGGAACUGAUACUAUAACUAUUACACUAAUCUGGGCUCUUUCACUACUACUCAACAAUCAACAUGCCAUGAAAAGAGCGCAGGAAGAGUUGGACAAGCAUGUGGGUAGGGAAAGACAAGUAAAGGAAUCAGAUAUCAGUAGAUUGAAAUAUCUCCAAGCCAUUGUGAAGGAAACAUUUCGCCUAUACCCAGCAGCUCCAUUGUCUGGACCACGAGAGGCCAUGGAAGAGUGCAUUGUUGCUGGUUAUCAUGUACCAGUAGGCACCCGAAUGAUAACCAAUAUAUGGAAGAUUCAUCGAGAUCCACGUGUAUGGAGCCAACCUCAUGAAUUUCAACCAGAGAGGUUUCUCACAAGCCAUGUGGACAUUGAAGCUUUGGGUCAGCAUUUCGAAUUCAUCCCUUUUGGCUCUGGCCGGCGUAUGUGCCCAGGGGUUUCUUUUGCUCUUCAGGUUUUGCACUUGACUAUAGCCCAUUUGCUCCAUGGGUUUGAGUUUGAAAAUCCUACAGGUGCACCUGUUGAUAUGACAGAGACCCCAGGGCUGACCAACAUGAAGGCUACCCCACUUGAAGUUCUCCUUAGCCCACGUCUUCCUUCUAAGCUUUAUGAAUAUUGAGGUAUCAUACAAAUCGUGACUUGAGUUGUUUCUCUAGCUGAUGAACUCACACCCUACCCUAUUCAUUUGUUAGACUCUGUCAAGGUGGCUGGUUGGUAUUGGAUUGAGUCCUGUAAUAUAUAUAUAUAUAUAUAUAUAUAUUUAAGUGAUUAUGUAAGUUGAUCCACAAAUUUGUACCACAUACAAGUUGAGGUGGGAUCCGCUUUUCGUACAAUCACUUGGUCGUACAUGUAAACAUCUAAUACUGGUCUCACUUUCUACAAUUGCAAGGGUGAAAGAGGGGUAUAUUUGGAAGUAAAAAUGACAAGUGUUGGAUGCUCUCAUGUAUGACCAGGUGAUCUUACGUGCAGUGGAUCAAUUCUCGUAGAAGUUGGUCGUGUUUUUUAAAGUACAAAUUAAACUAUAUCUAAAAAUUGUUGGAGUUAAUUGUAUAUUUUCAGAUAUUGGUCCUAUACAAGGUUAUACCAUUGUGUUUGCCAUGAUCUAAAA